AACCCAUCCUUGGCUCACGCGGCAUGGAAGACUAGGGGAUCAACGAUGUCAAAAAAUAAUAAAUAAAUUUUGCUGACUUUUUCUAUUUCCGGCACCUUAUUUUCAUUAUAGUUUUUGAACGAAAGAAAGUGUGAGGUGCAGGAACAUCUCAAAAUGAAUUCUUAGCAAUGCUCGUUAAUGCUUGUUUAUUAUUACAAGUGUGGAAAUUUGGUUUUACCAGUAACGCUGAAUAUAAAGUGGUUAGACCUGUUGGAUCAAGAUUUGCACGAUAACGCGAUUUACCGAAAGUGCACAAACCCAAUCGGCUAAUACGAUCAAUAUUAUCAUCUGUUAAAACGUUUAAUCAUGGAUUAGGCUUGGUGUUGGCAAUACGGUUAAUUCAUUUGAGAUCUAGCCCGAGCAUUGUUAAGGAUUCAUUUGAAUUUGCUAAUAUAGUCAAAUCUUUCUCAAAAUCACAUUUAAAUCUGAAAAUGGUAUGUAUCAUUUGAUGUUAAGAAUUUAUUUACUAAAGUACCGUUAUCCUACAGCAUGAAUUUAAUUAUUGCCAAGUUGUACGGGACAUAUGGAUCUUGUUUGUAGAAUCAGAAAUAUAAAUAAGUAUCUAGUGGAAAACUCGAAUAAUUGUAAUAAAGUACCAAUUUUCAGUAAACCCGAAAAAUGAAAACAAUUGAAAAUACACCGGUAACAAAUCGCCCUUCAAAGAAAAAUAAAGAAGUUCACAAGGUAUGUUAACGCUGAUCGCCUCUAAUUAAUGCAAUUUAUGUGACUUGCUUCUUGUCUUUUGCCGUCACAGAGAUCAUAUGUAUCUGCAAAAAUUGCAUACCGAAAUACAGUAAUGCAGUCGAAGAAGCAUUAACACAAGGUAGCUGGCAGUGUUGAUUUUAACUGCUGCUUUAAGAAAAUGUCUUUUUGUUGUAGGCGAUCUGGAUGAUGAUCGAAUUAAAAGUCGUUUUAAUUGUGAAACACGUGAUUUUGUCAUGAAAACUUACACAAUGAAGAGUGCUAUUGAUUACAAAAAUAUUUGCUUGGCAGUUAUUCAGAAAUAUCCAAAAUUAACAGAAAAACAAGAUUUCGAACUGACAUCAUUGUCCACUCCACUGUCACAAUGUAUCAAGAAUAAGCGCAACGAAAAUAAACGUGCACUUGGCUUGCAAGCAAAACGAAAACGAAAACGUAACAAUGAAUCUGUUCAACUGAAUGGAGCUGCUACGUCCCAUUUCGGUGAUUCAGAAGACGAAACGCAAACAGUAGCAAAACGUAUUCGCCUUGUUAAGCGAAUUUCUGAAAACAAUGUCAAUAUCACGUCAGAACAAACUCAGGAAACAAAUUCGACGACAACUGGUACCGAAGAACUGUUACCGUCUGUUAUUUCGGAUCAGCUAUCCGAAACUCUUAACAUUCAACAUUUCAACAAUAAUUUCAUAAAAGAAGAAACAAGAGAAUUGAAAAUAAAUUACGUAGAAAAUGAACUAUCACCCAAUACUACGCACCACGAGGAGAACAGUUGGGUCGUGGAUAAUGAAGUAGUUAUUGAAACCUCUGUGCAACGAGAAGGUACAAAAGAGGGAACUGGAAUAAAAGAAGACGGCGGCGGUAUUGAAAAUUUUUCAAUGAUUCUUCAUAACGACAAGGAACAAUAUUAUCAGAGUCGAAAAGAUGUGGCCAAACGAAUAGCUCGUCGAGCGAAAUAUAUAGAAGACAAUACAGGGGAUGGUGAUGAAGAGGAGGAGGAAGAGAUCUGUUCCAGCCGUUAUUCAACAGCAGAAAAUACUGCUCCAAUUGCUCAGGUGCAGCAUGUUACAAAACUGCCAUCCUUUCAAGUUUAA